AUGUCAUCAACUAUGGAGUCCCUUAAGAAGAACUUCGUCAAGGAUGAGCUCCUCGAUGGCCGCUUUCGAACAGUGGCUCCACUGAACUCAGGAUCAUUUGGUAUGGUCUACCUCGCCAAGGACAUGAAGACUGACCAGCAGGUUGCCAUCAAGUGCCUGUCCAAAACUCUUUUUCCAGAUUCAUCGGCCCCUUUCCCAAUGGAUGAUCGUUUUGAAGAGCUACAGUGCCACCUUACUUUUGGCUUCCAUCCCAAUCUGGUUAACCUGAUCCACUCCUUCGAGACUCAGACUCACAUGUACUUGGUUUUGGAGUACUGCGCCAAUGGUGACCUCUACGAGGCUAUCCGUUUGAACCGUGGUCCUUUGGAAACUGAACAUGUCCGUGAUUUCAUGUUACAGCUUGUUGAUGCUAUCGAGUUCAUGCAUUCAAAGGGUCUUUACCAUCGCGAUAUCAAGCCUGAGAACAUCUUCUUAACCUCUGAUGGAUCGAUGAAACUGGGUGACUUCGGUCUUGCCACACGAGACUCUUGGUCUCACGAGGCUUGUGUGGGUAGCGACCGUUAUAUGGCCCCCGAACAGUAUGAGCCACCUUCCUCGGGCUACUCUCCUGCCAAGGCAGACAUCUGGUCUGUGGGUAUUUGUUUGUUGAACAUCUUGUUCGCACGCAAUCCAUUUAUCACUCCCACCGAAUCCGAUGUCCUUUUCUUGGACUAUGUCCGUGACCGCCAGUCACUUUUUGACAUCUUUCCCAAUAUGUCUCAGGAUACCUUUGAGAUCUUGACUCAUUCAUUGGCCCUUGACCCUGAGAGACGCUCCCUGUCCGGCGUUCGCAGCUGUAUCUUGCGUGCUGUCUCUUUCACCACUGAUGACGAAUCUCUCGAUGAGUUCUGCACUGAGGAUCGUGAGGUUGUCACCGCCAGUGCCAACCGUGAGCCUCUGCGCACUCCAUCCAUCCAGAGUCCUCAAAUCAACCAUGGUGACUCAUUCCCUGGGCCAAGGCUUUGCAGUCUACUUUCUGUUAUCCCUGACAACGAGAGUUACUCUGAGGAUCUGUUCCCUCCCUCUGAGGUGGCCGGAACUUCCUGGUUCUCUACCCAUGACAACUUGUCGAUGGCCUCGGUCCUUGAAUCUGCCCUCAGCGAAUCUAUUCGCUCCCUUCACAUUCCGCAGAACAAGCGCCCCAUGCUCCCUCGCUCGGAUCCUGUCCCUAUCACUGGGUCUCUCCCAAGCCAUGCCACGAAGCCCUUGCCGUCUUUGUCCAUGGUGUUCGGAAAGAACUCAACUGACCAGAUUUCGAAGAGUUGGAGUGAUCUCUGGGAUGAGGAGGAGUCAGAGAACGAAGAUCUUUCUAUCCAGCAGCGUCGUGAGCAGAACUCUCGCAGCUGGAGCCAAGAAAGCCUUUCGGGCACACAAACUGGAUUGCACGAGCUGGCCUCUGUUAUCCCUAUCGACCAACCCCACACUCCAGUCAUUCAACCCGCUGCCCCUCGCGCUAUCCGAGCCAAUUCUUUGGAAGCUGACAGCGACACCGGAACCUCGAGCAGCACUCCUCGUCCCAUUCCUCGCCAGUUAUCGCCUAAGAAAUCCAAUCUCGACAAGUGGGCCGAAUUGGGCGACAAGCGCCGCAACUGCAAGACCCGAGAACCCUUGAGUCCGCAGCGUGCUGGUCGUAACUGGCGACGUGACUGGGGCCUUGGGUCUUCCGGGUUCGAUCACGGUACUCGACCCAAGCGUGAGUCACCUCAAUCCGAUCGUCGCCGUCAACUCUUCCUUGCAAAGGACUGGCGACGUGAAGCUGCGGAAGCGCCUAAAGUUUCUCCUCUCAAGCACUCGUCAUACGAUGGCAGUGUCGAUGAAGACCUGGAUCUUGUGGGUGGAUGGCAUGAUCUCCACCUGUAG